UUAAUUAAUGAACUGCUCCCAUUCACUGCAAUCAUUCCACCAGAGGGGGGCCAGCCUGCUGCGUGGGGAUGGAGACGCACAGACAGCAUAGUAAACAAUCCUGCGGGGGAAGAGCAACUCCAGUACACCGAGCUGGAGGAGGACGCGCACAGUAAAGUUAUCUCUGAUCAAACGCAUCCAUUUCUCAGGCGCGUGAAGCCGCACGGCGUCAGCUGAUCGCUGGGAUCCGCAGGUUCAUGAAACUUCGAAGCCCCGCCCACUCGCCAGCCAGCGUCUGUUUACGAAAAGUCACGGGAAUGGCAUGAAGCUGGAAGGAGCAGAGGAGAAAUGGCACAGCGCGCAACCGGCGGACGCACGCAGGAAGGGUGACCGGGACCAUUACCGGGAAGUCCGUCAGCUGGCUGCCUCGCGCCGUCAGCGUGGGUGCUGGUAAAGCUUCCAGUGUUCGGCCGUGGGACCGCGCGUGUCCGGGGGAACAUACCCAAUUGUGGAAUUAUUGCAUCCUUUAAAUUAAAAAAAAAAAUAUGACGAAGCGUAAAAGGCGCAACCCUGGGGAUUUUUGAACCUGGAUUUUUCGUCGAUACAACAGAGACCAUAGCGAGAAAAAAAGAAUAAAGAAAUAAAAAAAUAUGGAAAGCCCAACAGAGAAUCCCACCAAGGCUGGGGAAUAUCUGAAGGAGCUGAACAAAAUCAUUGAGACCCAGCAGGAGUUGCUGGAGAGGCAGAAGGGGAGGAUAGAGGAGCUGGAGCAGCAAGUGUCCGACCUGUGCUCGGAGAACGCCUGCCUGAAGGAGCAGUACCAGCGGCACCUGGCAACCUGCAGGCUGCUUCAGGGCAGCAACAGCCUGGGCGCGCUGGGGGCCAUCCGGGAGCAUGUCACACAGGAGAAGUCCGAGUACGACCCGUCCAGAAUGGUCAGAAGACAUGCAUCUCUACCGCUGGAAGCAACUGAGAAUCCCUUGAGGAUGGUGUCUGAAGGUUGCAGGAGAGUCACCCCCUGUCGCCCGUGGAAAUCGGCAUCCUUUGGUGUGGAAGGGGAUGGACGGCCCAGUGAUAGCGGCCCUUCCUCGGAUGGUGGAGCCAGCUAUUGUCAGGGCCCGGUGACACACGGCUCUGCCAUCAGCCCCGACCGAUUCGACAGCCCGCUGUAUAGCCACGGGGUCCAGCCGGGGCCACAGAGGCCCCGUCGGCCCAAACUUCAGCACUCACAAUCCAUUCUCCGCAAGCAAGCUGAGGAGGAGGCCAUCAAGCGGUCCCGCUCAUUAUCUGAAAGUUAUGAGCUUUCUGCUGACCUCCAGGAUAAACAGGUGGAGAUGCUGGAGCGUAAAUAUGGUGGAAGAUUUAUAACUCGACAUGCAGCUCGCACCAUCCAGACAGCCUUCCGCCAGUACCAGAUGAACAAAAACUUUGAGCGCCUCCGAAGCUCCAUGUCAGAGAAUCGCAUGUCCAGACGCAUUGUUCUCUCUAACAUGAGGAUGCAGCUGUCAUUCGAAGGCCCUGAGAAAGUGCAUAGCUCCUAUUUCGAAGGGAGACAGGUGUCCAUGACAGAGGAUGGCACCCCGGUAUCUAUGGUGCAGUCGGAACGUGGAGAUAUAGAAGUCCACCAGCAGCCGAACAUGACGUCUCACCCAGUGCAGCAGGCUGACCUGACAGAUGCCAUCACAGAGCUGGAGGACGCCUUUUCCAGGCAGGUCAAGUCUCUGGCCGAGUCGAUAGACGAUGCACUGAACUGCCGCAGCCUUCAGGGGGAUGAGGGCCCUGAUCCAGAGUCCAUAGAUCGCACUGAGGUAGUGGGGGAAGUGUCCUAUAAGGUUAAGCCUCACCUCAGGACAGCUGGGCGGAUGCACAAUGACGCAAUGGCUUCCUAUAGUGAUGUUACUCUGUUCAUUGAUGAGGAAGACAUGCCACCCUCUGUCGCUUUGUCGAGGUCAGGAGAUCAGCAGUCCAGUACAGAAUCCGACUUACGUUUGCGGUCAGUCAACUCCUCACAGGAGUACUGGCCUAUUGACCCCAAAGAUGAGAGUCGUGACACAGACACGAGCUGCCGCAGCACUCCUUCUCUCGAGUGCCAAGAGCAGCGACUCAGAAUGGACCACCUCCCUCUGUUAACCAUAGAACCUCCCAGUGACAGUUCUGCAGAGCUCAGUGACCGGUCUGACCGGGGCUCGGUCAAACGAACGCCUGUGUAUGAACCUCACGGCCACAUCGUAACGUCCUCACAGGCAAGCCCUAAACACAUUUCCCACGGGCCCCCGCCAAGAGCUCCUUCCCGAGAUGACGAUGCACCUUUGCGCCAUCGUCACCGACAGCUUGAAAGCCACUUGGCUAUAAACGGUUCAGCCAACAGACAAAGCAAGUCCGAAUCCGACUUCUCUGACGGAGAUAACGACAGCCUCAACAGCACGUCCAACUCUAAUGACACUAUAAACUGCAGCUCUGAGUCCUCAUCCAGAGACAGCCUGAGAGAGCAGACACUUAGUAAGCAGACUUACCACAAGGAGACUCGAAACAGCUGGGAUUCGCCCAUCUUCAGUAACGAUGUUAUUCGCAAGAGACACUACCGCAUUGGCCUCAAUCUUUUCAACAAGAAGCCAGAGAAGGGCAUCCAGUACCUGACGGAGAGGGGCUUCAUUCCUGACACUCCGGUUGGAGUGGCACACUUCUUACUUCAGAGGAAGGGGCUCAGCAGGCAGAUGAUUGGAGAGUUUCUUGGUAACCGGCAGAAGCAGUUCAAUAGAGAUGUUUUGGACUGCGUGGUUGAUGAAAUGGACUUCCAGAGUAUGGAGCUCGAUGAAGCCCUCCGAAAGUUUCAGAACCACAUCCGUGUGCAGGGGGAAGCUCAGAAGGUGGAGCGGCUCAUUGAAGCAUUCAGCCAGCGCUACUGCAUCUGUAACCCCACAGUGGUGCGGCAGUUUCGAAAUCCAGACACCAUCUUCAUCCUCGCCUUCGCCAUCAUCCUCCUCAACACAGACAUGUACAGCCCCAAUGUCAAGCCUGAGAGGAAGAUGAAGCUGGAGGACUUCAUCAAAAAUUUAAGAGGGGUGGACGAUGGAGAGGACAUACCUCGGGAAACUCUGGUUGGCAUCUACGAGAGGAUUCGCAAGCGAGAACUUAAAACCAACGAGGAUCAUGUCUCUCAAGUGCAGAAGGUUGAGAAGCUCAUCGUGGGAAAGAAACCGAUUGGAUCCCUCCACCAUGGCUUGGGAUGUGUGCUGUCACUUCCCCAUCGCCGGUUGGUCUGCUACUGCCGCCUGUUUGAAGUGCCAGAUCCCAACAAACUUCAGAAGCUCGGCCUGCAUCAGCGGGAGAUCUUCUUGUUCAAUGACCUGCUUGUGGUAACAAAGAUUUUCCAGAAGAAGAAGAAUUCAGUUACAUACAGCUUCAGACAGUCCUUCUCUCUGUAUGGGAUGCAAGUUUUGCUCUUUGAAAAUCAGUAUUACCCAAAUGGAAUCAGACUUACAUCAGCCAUCCCAGGGGCAGACAUGAAAGUGCUCAUCAACUUUAAUGCCCCCAACCCCCAGGACCGCAAGAAGUUUACAGAUGACCUGCGGGAGUCCAUCGCUGAGGUUCAGGAAAUGGAGAAAUACAGAAUAGAGUCUGAGCUUGAGAAGCAAAAGGGGGUGGUGAGGCCCAGCAUGUCGCAGAGCUCCGGCCUGAAGAAGGAAGCCGGGAACGGCAACAUGAACCGCGCCAGUCUAGAUGACAGCUAUGCCAUGGGGGAGGGCCUGAAGAGGAGCGCCCUCAGCAGCUCCCUGCGGGACCUUUCUGAAGCAGGCAAGCGGGGGCGCCGCAGCAGUGCAGGAUCACUAGACAGCAAUAUGGAAGGGUCCAUCAUUAGCAGCCCCCACACACGAAGGAGAGACCCCCCGCCACGAGAGGCUGCUCCCCGCGGUCAUCCCGCCUCCAUCCCGAACGCCGCAUCCACCUCCAUUCUCGGGUCGCUCUUUGGCAGCAAGCGAGGGAAACCACCAUCUCAGAGCCACCCCCCCUUGGUGCCACCCGGCCAUCCCACCCUCAUAUCCCACAAGCCCCACCCAACCAACCUGCACCACACUGCACAAGCAGUGCACGCAGUGCAGGUCCAACUCCACGGCCACCAGUACUGCCAGGUCCCGCAGAACCCCCCGCCUUACCACCACCACCACCACUACCACCCGCCCCCCCACACACAGUACCACCAGCACCCAGCCUUCAGCUCUCACGUGCACCCCCACGCCCACCCGCAGCACAGCCACUACGGCCAGCAUCCCCACCACGUCCCGCACGGGCCCCACCACCACGCUCAGCAGGCGGGUUCCGCUCCCGGUGCACCCAAACCCAAACACAGUGGUAUCAGCACCGUAGUGUGAUGCUGCUGACACAAACAGGACAAGCAAGAAGGGACUUUAAGGAAAGAGGGACAAUCGCUUACACCAAAGGGACUGACAGCAUAACUCUAUGGCCUGUCCACUGUGUUCAGCUGCUGUGAUGGGAACCAACCACACGCAGCCUCCUUCUCACUUCCAGGUCCAACCAAUAUGCAGGAUGGAAAUCGGACUCCAAUCUUCCACUAGGGGCCUUUUUACUAGUCUGCCUGAUGAAGGACUCAUGUCCCAUCAGGGUUUUGUGUGGGUGGGAAAAGGGUUGGUGGGGGUUUGCACAGGAAUACUUGUUUUUUUUUCUUUUUUUCUUCACGCACCGCCAGUAUGUGACGGCUGUAGCGGCAGAGUCUCUGCAUGCCGCUCCUCCUACUUCAUUCCUCCAGAAAUCACCUUGUCUUACCCUCACAUUAUCAGGAGGCAAUGUGCUCUGAGAUUUAAAAAAAAAAGAAGAAGAAAAAAAAGGAAAAACAUGGCUGACUGUUUUCACGGUUUCUUGUGCUCAGUCGUUUUGAACUGUUCAAGUCUUUGGUUUGCAGGUUUUCCCAUCAUAUGAGAAUGCUAAUCGUUGUUGCCUCCCGUAGAGCUCACAUAUAGUGAAAAAUCUAGAUAUAAUCAUUUCAUACUAUCUUCAAUCAAAGGACAGGUAAACAACCCAAGUCAGCCAUUGUAGUUCUAGUGCUGUAUUUAUUGUAGAUGACAGCUAUAUGUGUUGUCUCCUAGCUCUCAUAAAUAAAUGUGCCAAUUAUUAAUGCAUAAUCUAUUUAGUCGAGACUUAAUGUACAGUAUAUUGUGUGUAAAGUAAUUUGUAAGCUUAUACAUACGAUUAUUAUCAGCAAAAAUCAGUAUCAGUAUUAUACUGGCUGUGGAAACAAGAUCUAGACCUGAAAGGAGGGCACUCCGCUUCAGUUUGGCCUUUAAUCUCGAUGAGAAAAGCUUCUGGACAGCAGCUGUCGCACACGGGGCUGCAGAUUCUCCCCUCAGUCCCGUCCCCUCACGGCUGAUAAACUCAGAUCGUGGCUGACAAAAUAAAAGCCUCAGUUACUGUUACAAAUGAAAUACUAAAAGUCUGCUGCCGUUAGCGUGUGCAACAGCUGUUCUCUUGAGUUAGACAAAAACUUUUUUUUUUUAUUUACUUUUGCCUUGUUUGAAAUUUAGUGUUCACCACACGAUUUGGUGAAUGAAUAAAAUCAACUCACGUGGUGAGAUUUUCCUUUUUUUUCUCUAUCAUUUGUGCAAUAUCUUCGUACUGAUUUUGUAAAUCAAUUUGAGAUCUCCCUCCGAUUUGUGUUCAACAUUUUCUGUGGUUAUUUAUUCAUUCCUGGUUUUCCGCCCCUGUCUGAGUCUUUUCUUGGUGAUUUACUGUCUGGCUGUCCUUGUGGUCUUACAGGAGGUGCAGAUCUGAAGUUUAGUGGAAUGUCUCGUUGAGUGAGUUUGUUUGCAUGUAAUGUUAUCAAUGUGAGGUAAAUCCUCUGCACAUUAUAUGACAGAAUCAGUGUUACCAUAGCAGGAUUAAAGUGCAAUCGUGUUCAGUUCAACGCAGACUCAAGAGUCUGUCAUCUCGUCCAAGACGAGAUUCAGGUGAGAUGAAGUAAAACGUUUUGUUUUUUUUUGGUCAUUAGAAGUAUACCUAAAUAGCUCACAGUGGAACGACGAAUGUGUGUAUAUAUAUUUUAAUAAAAGGAAAAUUGAUCUUCUUGGGCUGAACUAUUUUGCUGGAUAAGCACAUAUGAAAAACAACCUUCAUUUUUUUCAGGAAAUGCAGUUAUAACAUAGAUAAUGCAAGCUGAACAAACUGGUAUAUAUAAAGAAUAUCUUUCUACAGUCUAAGAAGAGUCUAUUCUAGUGUGUAAAUUAGUGACAGUAAACUGUUUGUCCCAAUAUUCAGGUUGUAAAUGUAUUUUAAUGACCUUCAUAACGAAUUCAUUGCCACGAGUCAGAGUGUUGGGGUGACAGACAUAUCACAUGAUCAGCUGAAUGUGUCCAUCAUUUCAGACCAAUUGGGUUUGUGUAUUUUUUUUUCUGUUUUGUUUUGGGUGUGUUGUUGCGCUUCACAUGUCAUAUUUUGUGAGAAAGUACCCCAGCAAUGCACUGCAUGGAUCUGAUGCAUCACUGUUCACUGUGAGCUGAUGUGGAAGGAAAUCAGCCUUUAUAUUGGGACUCCUCUUUCGGUUUUCAGUCUUCGAUCAUAAGGAGCUCUGCUCUUUUCCAUGUGUCGUAGUUCUGAAGCUCAGCAUGCAUUUCAUCCACAAGCCAUCGUGUAAAUUACCGACCGAAAUGAACAUUGCACUUUGUUGUUUGAGGGCUUUCAUGGUGUAAAUAUGGGGGAUUUUGAUGUGCGAGCAGAUGGACGAGUUUAUCUUUGGCCGACUGUAAAGGGACCACGACUUUGGUUAUUUGAGAUGUACAUAAUGUGUAUACGAUCAGCGUUCUAUUCUCAUAUCUGCCGUUUGGAUCAGGAUGUACAUACAUCACCUCAUGGGACGGAUGCGAGGGCUGAUAAACGAACAUAUCGAUUGUCUCUGCCUGCCUCCAGCUGCAGUGAACGGACUUCUGCUGUGGAAAUCAAAUAACAGACUGUUAGAAAAGGGUGCUGCAAACAACGUCCAGCUCUGUCGUUACCACCCACCUCCACCCGCCAAAAUGGCUUGAGACGCGUUUUCAGAGAAAGCAAAGACAGGAAUGGCCUCAUUUGUGUGUGCAUUCAGUUUGUACAGUGAGUAGUCAAUCAGUAAGACCCCAGUUAUUGUAAAACUACAACUGUGACAAUGUCGAGAACGUCCAAUAAACAAAUAUAUGAGUUAUGGUA